AUGGCAUUCCCACGCUUACUAGUUGGCAAAGUCGCCGCCAUCACUGGUGGCCUCACAGGCAUUGGACGGGCAAUUGCCCUUGAUUAUAUCCGUCAUGGAGCCAAAGUCUCCAUCAGUCACCUCGGCGGCGCAAAUGAAGAUGCGCUGCUAGAAGCGCUACGCAAAGAGGUGAACGAAAUCGAACCUGAAGCUGCCACCCGAUUCCUCACGGUAUCGGGGGACAUUUCGCAGCCAGAGACAGGCCAGAACUUCGUCGCAAAGACCGUGGAGGUCUUUGGUCGGCUCGAUGUAUUCGUCAGCAACGCAGGCGUGUGCCAGUUUGCUGAAUUCCUAGAACUCGAACCCUCCCUCUUAAAUCACACCAUCUCAACAAACCUCUCAGGCGCAUUCUACGCUACCCAAGCUGCAGCCCGCCAAAUGGCACUGACCCAGUCGCCGUCGGGCGGCUCCAUCAUCGGCGUGAGCUCCAUCUCCGCUCUGGUCGGCGGGGCCCAGCAGACACAUUACACCCCUACCAAAGCUGGUGUGUUAAGUCUCAUGCAGUCGUGUGCGUGUGCGCUCGGCAAGUAUGGUAUUCGAUGUAAUGCGCUGCUACCGGGCACUAUCCGGACGCAGCUUAAUGAGGAGGAUAUGAAGGAUCCGGUGAAGCGGAGUUAUAUGGAGAGUCGGAUUCCGCUGGGUAGACUGGGUCAACCUCGGGAUUUGGCUGGGCCGGCUGUGUUCUUGGCUUGUGAGGAAUUGAGUAGUUAUGUGACUGGCGCGCAGCUAUUAGUUGAUGGUGGGCUAUUUGUUAACCUGCAAUGA